AUGACAUAUUCAGCUCCUAUAAUGAUAGGAACUUCAACCUCCUCAACUUCCAUUUUAACAAAAACCUCAUCCUCUUCACUCAAAUCAUCAUACUCUUCAAAUAGCAGUGGUAGUUAUUACUCUUCAACAUUAAUGUCUUGCUCAAGAGAUGGAUUCACCGGAUUGGAUUUUCAUUCCAAAUGUGAUUCCAAGGGUGCCACUAUCACUAUAAUGAAAGUGAAUGGAUCAAGCGAAUUGUAUGGUGGAUAUACGCCUAUUGAUUGGUUGUCCCAAAAUACUUGGGGAUACUGUAAAGAAAGUUUUAUAUUUUGUUUAGAUGACAAGGAUCUCGAUAAAUCCAUCAUUAGUAGAGUCAAGGAUCCAUCAAGAGCCAUCAACUAUUAUAAUAAUUAUGGUCCAUCAUUUGGCACUGGUGAUUUAAAAAUGACAGGAAAUUUCAAAAACGAGUCAAGGUGUUGUUGUCAACAUGGUGAUUACGAACUUCCAAUUAGAGCCAAUUCUGAUGAUAUCCAUUUUUCUGUUGACGAAUACGAAGUUUUUCAAAUCAUUCCCAGGAGAAGAAGAAAAAGAAACAUGGAUUAG